AUGGCUGAACCAGAUCCACCUUUUCAACUCCCGGAGGCCCCCUUCCCUGCACCCCCACCUUUCUGGAGGCAUUUCACUGUCGCAAAUGAAGAGCAGUUGACGAAGCAUGAUUCUACAGAGCAGGCAGACUCAAAGUUGCCAAUCCCACUUGCUUAUCUGCGACCUCCCCCUCCGCCACCUAUCCUGGCUGAAAACUACACCACUUUUGGUCAGAAACAAGUCAUCGAUCCAACGAAGCCUUCCUCACUACCUUUGGAUGAACUAUUGUUUGAUCCAAAUCAGCCAAAACUAGACCAUGCAUUUCUACUAAAGAAGUUAACAACAUCUUUGUUGUUAAAUUUCCUCGAACUGUCUACCAUAUUAUCUCUUAAUCCAACCCAAUAUCAAGAAAAGCUUGAUGACUUUAGACAACUGUUCCUAAAUGUUCACGUCGUCAUCAACAUGUAUCGCCCACAUCAGGCACGAGAAAGUGCAAAGGAUUUAUUGGAGAGUCGCUUGGAAGACGGUCAGAGAGAGAUCGACGAAUGCGACAAUCUCAAGCUGAAAAUCCAAACGUUUCUAGAUGAGGUCGCACAGCUUCAGAACAAGACACUCGCGGUUGACGGGCUGAAUGGAAAUGAAAAAUCUUCAUCAGGCCGGGAAAUAAAGGACGACAAGAUGGAAGAACAACGACGGCUAUGGAAAAUGGUUCAAGACAUGAAGGAUGUGUGA